AUGGCGCGUGUGACUGGGACACCUAUCAACUUCUUGUUGAACCGAGGGCAGAUGAUCAAAGUUCAGAUUCCUGGCAGCAUUACGAUCAGCAGUAGCAUGGAUAAGUCGCAGCUCCUGCGCAAAGCCGGGCAGUGCGGCUUCGUAAUGCCGACUCAGAAAAACGAGGCCUCAAAUGACAAGUUCGACGGCGCCACGGUGUUGGAUCCUCGCACAGGCUUCUACCCGCAGCCAAUCGCGACACUGGACUUUGCGUCACUGUAUCCUUCCAUCAUGAUGGCACACAACCUGUGCUACUGCACGCUACUGAAGCCAGAGCAGGUGAGGGACCUGCCGCAAGAGGAGUACACCAAGACUCCCAACGAUGGUUUGUCCAAGAGACUGCAAGGCUACUUCCUCAAGAGCUCCCGGCGCCGCGGUUCCUAUACUUUGAUCUACGUAGGCAUUAUGAAAGCUGCCCCCAUGGAGGCAAUGGCAGAGGCCACCGAUCCUCUCACCAAGUCGGUGCUCAAUGGCCGACAGCUGGCGCUGAAGAUCUCCGCCAACUCUGUGUACGGCUUCACAGGUGCCACGGUCGGUGUGCUCCCCUGCCUUGACAUCUCCUCCUCAGUGACUGCCUUCGGACGUACCAUGAUCGAUCACACCAAGCAGAUGGUCCAGGAGAACUUCUGCAUUGAGAAAGGCUUCGCGCAUGAUGCCGAAGUCAUCUACGGCGACACAGACUCCGUUAUGGUCAAAUUCGGGGUCGAUGACAUCGCCGAGGCCAUGCGCUUGGGCCAGGAAGCAGCCGAGAUGGUGUCCGCGACCUUUGCGAAGCCGAUUAAGCUGGAGUUUGAGAAGGUGUACUGCCCGUACCUGCUCAUGAACAAGAAGCGGUAUGCCGGCCUCUACUGGACAAAUCCGGACAAGUACGACAAGCUGGACGCGAAAGGCAUCGAGACGGUUCGCCGUGACAAUUGUGGUUUGGCCCGGCACUUGGUCGACAUGUCGCUGCGGACCAUUCUGAUUGACAAGUCCGUGCCCAAGGCCAUCGAGCUUGUGCAGAAAGCGGUCUCUGACCUCCUCCAGAACAAGAUUGACCUCUCCCUGCUGGUGAUCACAAAGUCCUUGGGCAAGGGAGCGCACGCCGAGGACUACAGCGCAAAGCAGGCCCACGUGGAACUGGCAGAGCGCAUGCGCAAGCGCGACCCUACGACAGCGCCGGGCAGCGGCGAUCGGGUGCCAUACGUGAUUUGCGCCGGGGCAAAGAAUGCCAAGGCAUAUGAGCGAUCCGAGGAUCCACUCUAUGCCUUGGA